CGCGGAGCCCCGCACACAAGAAGCGAACGGUCACAGCCGACGGUUUCUUCUCUCAGAUUCACCAAACGGAUUAUACACCCAUUGGGUCUCAUCGGUGAGUGUCAGCAACGGCUACUGAGUCUGGACUCGCCUUGUUUCACUGCAGGAAACUCUCUGCGGUUAUUUCAAGUGUGACAUUGCAGGCUGGUGUAGAUUCAUAUAAGGGACGGAGAAUCCGACAGAGACGACAUGGAGUCCAGGCGGGCAAGCCUCUUGGUGUGGAUAGUUUCUCAGCUGGCUUCGGAAAAGUUCCGCCCUACCUGCCACCCCCGGAACUAGUCGACCUUUUAGAGGAGAAGGGAAUGUAGAACGAUCACAACCGACAAGCAUCUGGAAACUAUGAUCUCACUGAUUCUAACCUGCUGGCUCUCGGAAUUCUCUAGCCAAAAUGGGUCGUCGUCCAGCUCGUUGCUACCGCUACCAGAAGAACAAGCCAUAUCCCAAGUCUCGGUUCUGCCGUGCCGUCCCUGACCCCAAGAUCCGUAUCUUCGACUUGGGACGCAAGAAGGCCGGAGUUGACGAAUUCCCCUGCACCGUCCACCUUCUCUCCGAUGAGUACGAGCAGAUCUCCUCUGAGGCUCUUGAGGCCGCCCGUAUCACGGCCAACAAGUACAUCGUGAAGAUGUCUGGAAAGGACUCCUUCCACAUGCGUGUCCGUGUCCACCCCUUCCACGUCAUCCGCAUCAACAAAAUGUUGUCCUGCGCUGGUGCCGAUAGGUUGCAACAGGGUAUGCGUGGAGCUUUCGGCAAGCCCCAAGGUACCGUUGCUCGUGUCGACAUCGGACAGGUCUUGAUGUCCGUCCGCACCAAGGACGCCAAUAAGGCUGUUGUCUCCGAGGCCCUUCGUCGUGCCAAGUACAAGUUCCCUGGACGUCAGCGUAUCCUUGUUUCCAACAAGUGGGGUUUCACCAAGCUUACUCGUGAGCAGUACGUUGAGGCUCGUCAAGCCGGUAACCUCCAGCCCGACGGUUGCUACGUCAAGUACCUUGCCCCCAAGGGUCCUCUCAGCGCUUACUUCAGGCGUCAGGAGAAGCUUGCUGCUUAGAUAUCCAUCUGGCGGCUCUCUUUCUGUAUAGUAAAUACUAGUCUCUUGACACUCUAUCACUUCGCUUUGCUGUUCCGUUACUCUGCAUGACCUUCUGGCCAUUCCGUAGCAUCUGACCCGGACGAUCCAGAAACGAACAACCUCAGCGAUGGUACGAU